AUGGACCAAGAAACUCCGAAGAAACGAGGCGAACUAUUGAAAACAAUCUAUCAGCGAGUCAGGGCCUGCGAGGCAUUUUUCCUUGAUCCUGAUUAUCUAAAGAUAUGUGGAAUUCAAGCUUCCCAAAUCGGAAUAUUGGAUGGCAUCCUGCAGUUUCAACCGUGUUUCUUUCUACCGAACCAAGUGAACAUCCUCCAAUUCCCGACUAAGGAAGAGAUUACACCGAUGUUUCCCCGUCCUGACUUUCCGUCUUUGCUGUCUGAAAUUCAAAAAGAAUCUCCAGAGUCUGCCCUCGAGCUCACGAUCGAGGCCUAUGAUUCCGACUUAAAGAUCUUCCAUUCUCUAGACGACUGGGCAGGUAAUGCGAGAGACAUACUUUCCUACGUUGAGGAGCAAUUCGGUGCCCAGAGAGUUGGUCUUCCACAUGGCGCUGAGGGAGGCGCGGAUUUGACUCAUCUUUGGGGUGAAAGAACAGAUUUUCAGGGGCCCUUCAGCGAAACAUGUCGCCAACCAGAGAUUGCGCUCGAAUGGGAGCUCGACGGAGUUAGGGAGGACCUAUCAGAAAAUGACCUUCCACACGCAAUUGCAGCAAUGACUGCGGCAGUUCCCGCCAAUUAUGCCGAACGAAGCAUCACUCUCCAUGAAGUCCAAUGCCUGGUUGACCUGAUGUGGAAUCGGGAAGUGCAUGGACGUUUCUGGAGAGAAGAUGAGGUCCAGCCGCUGUUGCUGUUCUCAUACAUGGGCCAGAAACACGGGAGGAUUACACAAGCUACAUUCGAUGGGGAACGGCUGACUAUACAGUAUUCUCAGCCAUUCUGCUUUGAAGACGAGACUCAGGCCUCCGUGGAGCUUUUUCUUCGCUACCUCUCGAUCUCCCUGUCAGAUCAGAAGGACCGGCUCUUCCAUUUCGGGUGCUUGGACACAGUGUCGAUGAGCACAUGGAUGUGA